CUGAUCCCCCGGAACGAGCUGCAGCUGACUUCGGCCUCCGCCAGCAAUCUCAAAAUGGACGGGAGACGUCGCGAUGGUUAGCCCAUACCUCUUCACGUUAGGGAACGUUUGACUUACGCUGCCAGGUUGCUUCACAUGCAAGCAGCGGAAGAAGAAAUGCGACUGUUCUUUUUCGUUCAUCGACACAACAGGUUCGCAGACAUGCAAUACCUGCAAUCACCAUGGCAUAACUUGCUACAUGACUGAGCCCGACUGGGCUAAUAAUCCCGAGCAAAGGAGAGCCUAUAUUGAUGAACAGAAACGACUUUUGAGGCUGAAGAGAAAGUCUCGCGACGACUCUGUCUCAUCCGGAAGGACAUCUCGAGACCGCUCGGCUACUGUCAGACCCACCGAGUUCUCUAUGCACCAGAAUUCCGUCCUGCGCUCCACUGAAGAUGAAUUCACAGAUCAUCACCGAGGUUCCAUGGAUGGGCAGUCGGUCUCUCCGAGGAAAGGUAUGGCUAUUCGUGGCGGGAGAGGAGGGUUCAAACGUCCCAGGCAGUAAUUUUAUAAAUGAAGCAUCUGUUUGACUCCGCGUUCAGUGAAUUUCUAUGACCUUUCUCUUUUCUUACUAUUUCGUUUAUUUGGUUUGGGAAGGCGACUUACAUUUUAUGAAAUAGCACCAAAAAAGAUAACUACUUAUUCCCCC